CUGAAGUGGAGUGACGAUGGACCAAAACGGCGUCGUUAGCUUUCGCCACCGACGAUCGCCGUCCUCCGAUCGAUUUCUCGGCGUAUUCUCUCCGCCACAGAAUGAUAGUGCUAUCGGCGAUGUAGAUGUAUCCAUCGCUGACGAUGAGCUGAACGAAGACGAAGUUUUCUGGACAGGAGACUUCACCGAACCUCAGCAUCGCUCUACUUCCCCUUCUUCAAAUAUUCGCCGGAAAGCUUUCCGUCAACCGGAGAAAUUCGGUAUUCUCGCUGCAUUGCAUGAGGAUCACUGGAAACUUAACCGUCCCGUUGUUUAUCGGAAACCUUCGAUUACUUCCUCACCUACUGGUAAAAAACUGUUUCAUUCACCGCCGAUUUCACCUUCGCCUUCAGCAGCGAUGACUUUUGCGCGAGCGUUUCCUACGAUUCCCAAGCCUCCAUUGGAUAGAGAACAUAGCUAUAACCGUAACUAUUCACAGACUAUGCCGGUGAGGAAGUUCCAACACUCGGUGCCAGUGAACGUGCCGAUGAUGCCGAAGAAGGCGCCCAGAAGUGGCCUUGCUGACGUGGAAAUCGAUGAUGAGGGCGAUGAUGAGAUGCUUCCCCCGCAUGAGAUCGUAGCCAGAGGAUCAGCUAGAUCACCUAAAACCACGUUUUCGGUGCUUGAAGGCGUGGGAAGAACACUCAAAGGGAGAGAUCUUCGUCGAGUUCGCAAUGCUGUUUUCCGCCAAACAGGUUUUCUAGAUUGAAAUGAUCACGAACAGUUCAGUUAAUUUUGAUACAUCUCAGUGAAUUAUACAUAUUGUUAAUGAAUCUGGACUGAGGUUUUCGUUCAUGGAGUCCAUCAUUAGGUAAUAUUAUACAAUGGAGAUAGUCCUAUAUGUUUUUUCAUCCGUUUCUUCAGUUUAUGGAUGUUUACCGUAUUAAUGGGAGUUGAAAAUAUUAUUCUAGGAAAUUUUGGUGUACAUUUGGCAAUGGAGAUCAAGAGAAUUUAAAUGGAAAAUAGUUUUGUUAGAUUGUUAUAUGAUUGUGAUUGGAAGAACUUCAUUACUUGUGAAUUGUGAUCAAAUCUAUCUCUUAUAGCUUUAAAGUAGGCUUCUGUUUACUGUCUUA